AUGCCGCCGGGUUACUCUGACCCGUUCCAGCUGAAGAAAGCGCCGUCAUUCGACACCACGGCUGUUGCAAUACUUGCGGACGCCGAAGCUGUCACCAAACAUACCACGGCUUUGUGUCAUCGACUCGUCCACAUUGAUCUCGACGACGCCACUUUCUCGAAUGUCAUCCAGCCAAUCGCAGAGGAUGAAAACUCGAGAUCAGAGAAAGAGAAUCACCUUAGAUUCUACGCCUCGACUCACCCGGUGAAAGAGCUCCGAGAUGCCUCCUACGCGGCAGCUGAAAUGUUCAGCAACGCCGAAGCCGAGUUCUUUUCGCAAACGAAAUUGUUCGCCCUUGUCCACCGUGUCUGGCAGCAAUUCCAGGCCGCCCGUUCCCUCGGUCCAAGUGGUACGGACGAAUCUUUCCACUAUCUGAGCAAGCUGCAUGAAGCCUUCAUAGACGGAGGUUGCGGGAUUACUGAUGCUGCCCGCCGACAAGAAUUCGUCGCAAAGAAGAAACGAGCUAUUGAGCUGGCCAAGAGUUGUAGGAAGAAUCUCGCGAACGAGACGACUGGGUUGUGGCUUACACGGAGCGAGUUACGUGGCGUGCCCAGAUCCUUUGUAGCGCAGCUGAGGCACGGCCAUGAUGAGUAUGCCGAGCAUGUGUGGGUGCCCACUAAAAAUGCGUACAGCUCGCGUGUACUUGAAUCUGCCACGGAGGAGGCCACUCGGAAGAAGAUGUAUUAUGCAGUGAUGAAUCGCAUGCCAGACAAUGUCCCGCUACACCGAGAACUUGUUCUCCUUCGAGAUGAAACAGCCCAAUUGUUAGGCUGGUCUAAUCACUUCGCUUCCAAGACCUCACGAAAGAUGGUCAAGACUGAAGCGGUGCAUCGGCUGCUGUCAGAGGUUCGUACGGCUCUCCGACCGGUUGCCGAGCGGGCUGCCGAUGAGUUACGGGCUUCCAAAGUUGAACAAGCGCUCGCAGACAGUGACAACGACUCAACUGAUGAGAUCAAGCUUUACUUCUGGGACAAGGCCUACUUCGAGAAGCAAGCUGAUCUGAAGCGGAACGGAACCGAUGGUCAUGGAAUCCCCGUGUCAGAGUACUUCGAGCUCAACUCGACUCUGGCCAAGCUUCUUCAGAUGUACGUCCAUAUAUUGGGCGUGAGGCUGGUCCCAGUUGAAACCGCUGCUAGUAUCUGGCAUGAAGAUGUUCAAAUGUUCUCCGCAUGGGCAGUGGACUCCGAGCCCGACUUCCUGGGAUACGCAUACUUCGACUUCUUCCCUCGUGAAGGAAAGUUUACGCACGCUGGCCAGUACACCCUGCAAAAAAGGUUCCAGAAGCCAGACGGGAGCUGGUUUCAUCCUUGUUCGUGCUUGGUAAUGAACUACCUGAAGCCUACCCCUACGAAGCCCACUCUACUAGAUCUCAACGAUGUACGAAGUCUGUUCCAUGAAUUAGGGCAUAUGUACCACAACUUGCUCAGUCGAUCCCGAUACUCAAGGCUUCACGCAGUCAGCAGCGACUUCGUGGAAACUCCUAGCAUGAUGCUAGAGCAAUUCUUCUGGGAUCCACAGGUCAUCGAGGAUGUGUCGCUUCACUACUCGUAUAUUAGUCCCACCAUGAAGGAAGCAUGGCUUGCCACUCCCAGAGCUCAGCGACAUGGCAAGGCAGACGACGCCGGCACUGGAGAAGCUCCACGCAAGAUCAGCCGCCAACGUGCCAUCUUACUGGGGUCGAACGAGACCAGUAGGCGAGUGCGUACGUCACUGAACGAGCUUUUCUAUGCGAUGUACGACAUGCAGGUCCAUAGCCCCGCCUCGCACGACGAGCUUGAACAGACAAACUUGGCCAUGCUCUACAACAAAUUGCGAUGUGAGAUCUUUUGCAUGCACGGAGGCGAGGACCUGGAAGGAUGGGAGUAUUGUCAAGGCCAGUCGGUGUUCCGCGCUAUUAACGGGAAGUAUGAUGCUGGGUACUAUGCUUACAUCUUGGGUCGUCUGUUCGCUAUCAAUAUCUUUGAGGCUGGGUUCGCCGGUGAUGUCUUGAGCAGAGAGAACGGGAGGAGGUAUCGGGAACUGGUACUCUGCAUGGGUGGAACACAGCCGGAGAUGAAGACGUUGAUCGAUUACCUGGGUCAUGAACCGAGUUCAGCACCGUACCUGGCGUGGCUUGGAGCAAACCAGGAUGCAUGUCCGUAAAUGUUUGCGCAUACGGGGAGAGGCGAAUGGGGAUCAUGCGAUUG